AAUCCAAAUCCAAAUCCAAAUCCAAAAUCCAAAUAAACUGAGAGAGUGAGAAUCGAAGUUAGUUAGGUGACGGUAGCAACCAAACCAGAAACCGCCAUGUCUCUACUCGGCGACGACGGACGCGGUUACGAGUUAGCUCGGAAACUCGAAGCCGCCGGAACAUGGCGAACAUGGCUUGGCGAUUCAAAUUACACCAAUUUCGCACCAUUUCUCUCUUCACCUUCAGCUUGGAAUUCUUUCAUGUCAACUGAUUCUUCCAAAUCUACCCUUCACAUUCAUCUUCAACUCAGAGUUCGUGCUCUUCUCUUCGAUAAAGCUUCUUCUUUUACUUCUCUCUCUUCAAACCCUAAUCAUAAACCCUCUCUCUCUAAACUUAACCCUAAUUUUCUUAGGUUGUACCCUGAUGAUGUCUAUUUCACUCUUGAUAACAACAAUGCACCUAGUUCGUCUAAUUCCAAGAUUGGAUCCAGAUAUGCUGAUUCUGAGUUGCCUGAAACGUGGUAUAAUCAAGUAAUUGAGAAUUAUAAAGCUAACAAGAAGUUAGUUAUGUGGGACAAAGAAUUGUCACCAAAACGUUCUCCAGCGGAGAUGGCUUCCUAUAUUAUGUGCAGUAGUAACUAUAAAAAGAGGCGUGUAGUGUUUCAGGAAGAACAGCAUCAGGUUAUGGAUCAAUCAAACGGUGGUAAUUUAGUUGAUGGUGAUGAUGAGUUUGUUUUUCCGGAGAUAACGUAUGCGUGGAACUGUGUACCUGAAAGUGCAAUUCCUGUGAGUGAAAGAGUGGAGAAUAAUAACAAUAACCAGAAAAUGAGGAUAUUUAGUGUGCUUGAUACGUUGCCUCCUGUUGUGACUCGGAGUGCUGAGCAUGUUAAUGGGCAACGCGGGGGAGGGCUAAACCGUGGGAAGUUGGGAAGUGAGGAAAAUGGAAGAGUUCUUGGUCAUGAGGAAGCGGCGAAGCUCUCUCAGAAAGCAGUGGCUCGCAUUUUGUUGGGUGCAGGAUUUGAAGCUGCCAUGGAAGGUCCAAUUGAAUACUUGUCUGAUGUGAUGAGCAAACGCAUUGUUAAAAUAGGAACCAAUUUGAAAGUACUUACUGAUAGUUAUAAAAAACAGUGUUCCGCCAUUGAACUUCUGAAGAUGUUGCUUAAAACUGAGGGUUUUAGUAAUUUUGCGCCAUUAGUGGAUGUGGUUAAAGAUGGCUCCAAAAAUAUUGUACAACAAGGUCAGCAACGUGCUCAUGGAAUUCAGUCACAGUUGCAGCAACAACAGCAGAACUCCCUUCGACUACCUCAACAAGUUCAGAUGCAAAGACAGAUGCAUCCACAGAUGCAGCAGAUGAUUAAUUCCCAACAGCAGCAGAUGAUUAAUUCCCAAAGUCUGGUUUUUCAGCAACAACAGCAGUUGCAGUUAGAGAGAAUGAGAAACCAGCAAUCUGCUCACCGCCCUGCUAUGGAUGUAAAUAAGGAAAGACCAUUAGUUCAAGUCAAGAUUGAAAAUACAUCAGAUAUACCAAGUGAUGGUAAUGCCUUCAAUUCUAGACAUCCUCAAAUGCAGUUUAGGCAGCAGCAGUUGGCUGCAAUGUCAAAUUUCCAUCCUCAAUCUAACACUCAGUAUAGACAGAUGGGUUCGCCACAGAUUCCCCAAAUGCAGUCACAGAACAAUAUUAGCAUGGUUAGAGCACCACCUGUGAAGGUAGAGGGAUUCUCAGAAUUAAUGGGCUCCCCUUCUUCAUCGAAGCAUGAUUCAGAGGAAAAUAGAUUGACUUCUCCCUCUAGUAAAUAAUUUUACUAGUAUUUUAGCCUGCGAGUGUGCGCAUCCCCGCUGAUGACCCUUUGCACUUGGAUCGGGUUAUGUCAAAAUUGUCAUGGACCAUAUUGUAAUAUAUCUCUUCUUCUGUGUAUUGUACAGUAGUCAACACAUAGGGCAUCACAACAACUGUACCAUGUUGAAUCAAAUAUAUGUUUAUUGAAUUAUCGACUCCUAUAAUGCACUAAUUUCUUCUAGUGGUAUAUUAUUCUGCAACAGAAAUAGUUCAAUCU